AUGUCCAACAAGGAAGAAACUUUGCUCCUUAAUGACACUGAACUCGAUCGUCUUGCUGACAUUGCCAGCAAGACUGUUGAUGCUGCAGGAGAAAUUAUCCUGAAGCAUUAUUUGGCUCGGGGCAAUGUCUACAAUGUCUCCAAUGCUAACGUUCUAUCAUGGACGAGCGUCGCGGCUGAGGCAGAGAAGGCUAUGAUUUCACUUAUCCUAAACAAUUUACCCAGCCACACUGUUUAUGGGAAACAAACUGGAUGGAACAAUUGCAGUGGACCAACAAUUCCCGAGUUUGUUUGGGUUUUGGAUCCUGUUAAUGGUGUGACGGAUGGACUCUUGCCUACUUUUGGCACUUCGAUAGCUGUAGUUCACAAUGGUAAAUCCGUCAUUGGAUGCAUCAAUAAUCCUGUUGCACAGAUCAAAACCAUUGGGAGGAGGGGCAAGACUACUAGGAACGGGGUUGUUGUGAGGACACGAGCUUGUGAGCACCUCGAACAAGCAUAUACUGAUAUUAAUGAUCCUGAUUACAAUGAAGAUGCCAAAUAUGCCUAUAAUAGGCUCGCGUACAAGGUUGGAGAAACUUUCUUUAACGGCAACUGCAUUGCUUACUCUGAAUUGGCUGCUGGUAUGUUGCAAGUCAUCGUUGAUUCUGCUGUUGAGCCCUAUGGUCUUCUUAGGUUAGUUCCUAUAGUGGAAGGUGCUGGUGGAAUUAUAACUGAUUGGCAAGGAAAUCAACUUUCUUGGCAACCUUCUCCAGCAUCUUCUGUUCCGCGGGAUGGUUUCAAGGUUGUUGCUUCUGCUGACUUAACAACUCACCAACAGAUUAUUUUUUAUUCAAGAUUUGGUCUUUCUCCAUUUAGUUCUCUAGUCUUUUUGAUCAUGAAGUAG